GUUGAGCGCACGUUUGUAGCGCUAUAGUAAAUAAACCGACUGGAUGGAAAGUGAGUCAGCUUACAUUAGCCAACAAUUUUGAAUCCCAUUUGUUUAAGUCACCUGUCACUGAAUCUGCUGGACUUGUCCUUACACACGGUCUAUUUUGUAGCAGCUUUCAAUAAGCAUUUCCUCAUCGCAGUACUGGUUGUUGUUAAAGACAUCAGGCGACUGCUUGCUACAAAGCCAGCCAGCCAGCUAGCAGGACAGAUUCGUAGCUAGCUAGGAUAGGAUAACGGCAUUUUUCCCAGGAUUGUGGCAGAAUUAUCAACUAUUGCAGACAGGUAGUAUUGUUUGCUCAUCUCUGUGGCAAAUGCCACCUGCUUCAUUACGAGAAACAAAGCUGAAAAUCAACUGUCAAGUCACCCAGCUAGCACAAGCAAGCUAGCUAGGCACCAUAGACCAGAUCUGACUGCUCGUAGGAGCCCUCCAUCCAGCCACGGAUCUGCAUGUGCAGUCUGGAACCUCAGUGAUACUUCAUCUAAGCUGCAAACCGACUCCAUCAAAAUGUCAGAGUUCAGUAAAGAAGUAGUGGACUUGGUGUGGGGCAGACCGAACAGCAGCGGGAUGUCACCAUCCCUCUUUAGGAGAUGGACCCAGGGUUUCGUUUUCAGCGAAACGGAGCCGACAGCUUUGGAGCAAUUUGAAGGCGGACCUUGCGCAAUUAUUGUACCUGUGCAGGCAUUCCUGCUGAAAAACAUGCUGUUCAAUUUUGAGAACUCAAACUGGAGAGAGCUCUCAGAUGAGCAGCAGAAGUCUCUGCUGUGCACCACGCUAAGCGAGCUGCUGGAGUCAGCGUGCCAGAACCCGAGCCACACCUUCAGCCUGGCCGUGUGGACGCGCAUGGGCAAGGACGCGGACGAGCCGGGCGACGUGCCCGCAGACAUCGCUGACGGGCAGCCGCACGCCACGCAGGCGGAGAACGCCGCCCCCACGGCGCUCAGGCCACAGCAGCCAGAGCCGGCGCCCAGCCAGUCCGCAGAGCAACAGCUGCCCACUGCAUUGGCUGCUGAAGAUCUUGGCUUUGAGCGAUUUCACUCCCUGAUUCACAAGCGCACAUUAAACUCAGUGUGUGAGCUGCGAGAGGCUGUGUUGUCCCUCUACGACAGCUGGAGGAACAAAUUUGGAGUUCUGCUCUUCCUCUAUUCAGUCAUCCUCACUAAAGGGAUAGAGAACAUCCGGAAUGAGAUUGAAGACACUACUGAGCCGCUCAUAGACCCGGUAUAUGGCCAUGGCAGUCAGAGCUUGAUCAACCUCCUGGUGUCGGGUCGUGCUGUGUCAAAUGUAUGGGAUGGUGACCGGGAGUGCUCUGGAAUGAAGCUGAAAGGGAUAAAUGAACAGGCCACAGUAGGAUUUCUCACACUCAUGGAGUCGCUGAGGUACUGCAAGGUGGGAUCAUGUCUGAAGUCCCCAAAGUUUCCUGUCUGGAUCCUGGGGAGUGAAACACAUUUGUCAGUGUUCUUCACCAAGGAGUUGGCCUUGGUGGCUCCAGAGUCUCCCUCAGAACAGGCCAGAAGAGUGUUUCAAACCUAUGAUCCAGAAGGAAAAACAAAGCAAAAAGCUGUUUAUUUGAAGAAGGAUGAGAAGAUCAGAAGAGGAGCAGACCAACCUCGCAAUCCCACUACUCAGUAUUGCUCAGUACUCAGUACCUAGUGUCAGGGCCAGAAGGAUGAUUGCUCAGUACUCAAUACCUAGUGUCAGGGCCAGAAGGAUGAUUGCUCAGUACUCAGUACCUAGUGUCAGGGCCAGAAGGAUGAUUGCUCAGUACUCAAUACCUAGUGUCAGGGCCAGAAGGAUGAUUGCUCAGUACUCAGUACCUAGUGUCAGGGCCAGAAGGAUGAUUGCUCAGUACUCAGUACCUAGUGUCAGGGCCAGAAGGAUGACUAGACCAGAGCUGCUCUCGGUCACUUUAUUUAUACAGGAGAGCAACAGAAAGAUAAUAAAGAAAGCGAAAGCAAGAAACUGGCAGAUGGGGGUCCACAGCUGUAUUUGUCUUUCUACUUUCUACAGAAUGGAACCCUCUCUCUCUCUCUCUCUCUCUCUCUCUCUCUCUCUCACUCACUCACUCACUCACU